AUGGCAGCACGCAAGCUGCAAACGGAGAUCGACCGCACAUUUAAGAAAGUGGCGGAAGGUGUCGAGCUCUUUGAAGGGCUCUACGACAAGCUCCAGACCUCUUCCAAUCAGGGACAGAAAGAAAAGUUGGAGGCGGACCUGAAGACACAGAUCAAGAAGCUACAACGGCUACGUGACCAAAUCAAGACAUGGCUACAGAGCAACGAUAUCAAGGACAAGAAGCCGCUCCUGGAUAACCGGCGACUCAUUGAGACGCAAAUGGAGCGUUUCAAAGCGGCCGAAAAGGAAAUGAAGACCAAAGCCUUUUCGAAAGAAGGACUGAUUGCAGCUGCCAAGUUGGGGCCGACAGAAAAGGCUAAGCUCGAGAUGUCACAGUGGCUCACAUCCAUGGUCGACGAGCUUUCACGACAGACGGAGGUGGCCGAGGCUGAGAUCGAGCAGUCACUUGCCUCUUCCAAGCGGAGUAAGAAGGCCUCCUCAAAAGACGACCGGGUGGGUGAACUAGAGCACCAAAUUGAACGUCGCAACUGGCACAUUUCUCGCUUGGAGAUCUUGUUACGGAUGUUGGAGAAUGGCACGCUUGACGUGGAGCGGAUCAACGAUGUCAAAGAGGACAUUGCCUAUUUCGUGGAGAGUAAUAUUGAAGACGACUUUGAAGAGGACGAGGGUAUUUACGAUGAAUUCAACCUCGAUGAGGAGGAAGAAGCCUUUGGCCUCAAAGACGCAGAGGAUGCCGCCGCACCAGAGCCAGAGCCAGAGCCUGCUGUGACUGAGGACCCGGCGCCCAAGCCAGCUGCCAAAGAGACAAAGAAGGAAGAGACGAAGAAAGAGGAGACGAAGAAAGAGGAGAAGAAAGCGGCAUCCAAAAAGACGGUGGCUGCACCAGAGCCCCCGCUCAAGGAACGUGUUGUCACAAACUUUGAGCAAGGGAAAUUGCAAUCUACAGCCUCUGUCACGCCAACGGCACCCAAGGCGAGCACACCUACGGCUGUACUUCCUCCUAUUCGAUACGCUGCCGCAGCCGCGGCAGCUGUGGGUGGCGCUUCCUCGGUGACCUCGCCUGGCACAGCGUCAGCCCCCGUGGCGCCAUCGCCCAUCGUGCCAGCGGCAAGCACAGGGACUGAUGCGGACACAUCCUCAGCCAGUGCCAAGGGAGCUACGGAUACCUCUACGGACGCUGGGCGGCCCGUGGACCGCGCGUCUGGCGAUGUUCGUUUGCCUGAUACCUUAUCCGACUUGGUCUCUUCGUUUGAGUGGGCCAAGCAAAAAUCACUCGCUCGCGAAUCGAAUCUCCCUCUCGUUCAGCGCACCCUUGACUCGAGCUAUGCUGGUGGCGUACCUGAGCCUGUGGACUCGGAGAGCCCGAAACACUAUGUACCGAAAGACCCCUUUCCCACGUCUCACUACUACCCACAAUCCCCGGCCUCUAUUUUCGACAACCCUGCGCUGUAUGCCAAAUUUGAUGUGGAUACGCUAUUUUACAUCUUCUACUAUCAACAGGGGACGUACCACCAAUACCUAGCAGCUCGUGAGCUGAAGAAGCAAUCAUGGCGCUUCCACAAGCAGUACCUCACCUGGUUCCAGCGCCACUCUGAGCCGCAGGUCAUCACGGACGAGUACGAGCAGGGCGCCUAUGUGUACUUCGAUUGGGAAGGUUCAUGGUGCCAGCGCCGAAAGAACGAUUUCCGAUUCGAGUACCGAUGGCUCGAGGACAACUAA